AUGUCACUAGCGCUCGUCACAUUGCUACCUCUGUUGGUGUCUGCCAUUUCCGGUGUGACAGCGCAGCAAACUUGCAAUUCUACGUCGCUGUGCGGAUCGGCCAGUCCUUGUUGCAGCUCGUACGGUUUCUGCGGGAGCGGUCCUGAUUUCUGCUACGGGGGAUGCGAUCCCCUCAGUUCCAAUACCCUCGACUCCUGCAUGCCCGAACCCGUGUGCCAGGACAGAAAUAUCACCUUCGCAAACUUCGAUCGCAUACUGACGAACCAGACGUACUACCACGGCAACGCUUCCGAGUACGACUUGGUCGUCAACCAAGGGAACAUCAUGAACAUGAACACUUCCGGUGGCGAGCUCGCGAUGUUGCUCACGGAGUCGAAUGGCGGCACGCGCCUCAGCACGACGACCUACGUGCAUUAUGGCCAGAUGACCGCUCGCCUGACAACUGGCCGCUGGGCCGGGGUCGUGACGGCGUUCAUUACGAUGUCGGACAUUAAGGACGAGAUUGACUGGGAGUUCCCCGGAAACCAGACGACGCAGGGCCAAACCAACUACUUCUGGCAGGGCGUGAUCCCGGCGACCACCGCCGGCGAAGUGACUAGCAAUAUCUCGGACACGUACAGCAACUUCCAUGAUUACACGAUCGACUGGCAGCCAGAUACUUUGACGUGGCUUGUAGACGGCCAGGUCGUACGCACGCUGCACGCGUCCGACGUCACGGACAACACCACUGGGACUAGCCGCUACCCCAACACGCCAAGCAGGGUCGAGCUCAGCAUCUGGCCGGCGGGCAUCAACACCUCCGCGCAGGGUACGAUCCAAUGGGCGGGUGGGAUGAUCAACUGGAAUGACUCGGACUAUACCAACAACGGCGGGCACUUCUACGCGCUCGUGUCCUCGCUCUCGAUCACCUGCAACGACCCGACCACGCCCGGUGCGAACGUGACGUCGUACGUGUACGCCAAGAACUCGUCCGCGUACACGCCCACCAUCCUCUUUUCGAACGAGAGCACCAUCGGCGGUGCGCUCGGCAUGCACACGCUCAUCUGGAGUGUGCCUGGGAGUGUCGUCGCUGCGCUGGUCGCGGCUCUGCUUGGCUUGGGCUUCUCUCUGUAG